AUGAAUCAGAAGAUGUUGACGCUCUUGCUGCUUUUUCAAGGGACGCCAUCGACGACGUCUGAGUCUCUUCUGGAAAAGUAUGGGCUUUUACGCUUUGUUUCCAUAACUCAGUGGUAUUCGUGAUAGUGAUAACUGAUUUGUUUCUGAUCCAAAAAGGAUUCUCAAUCUAACUCUUGAAGCCUCCUUCAUCAAAAAGGUCUCUGAUCUCCUCGCCUUCAUUAAAAAUAUGUAUUCAGAAAACCAGAGAUCCAUUUUCUGUGAUAUAUUUUAAAAACAAGACAAGCAACUUUUCAAAGACUAGAAAAAUGAAUCUUACAAAGAGGGAUUGCCAGCACGUCGCCUUCGAAGAUUAUGACGGAAGUGACGUCAACGACGGAGAGACUGAAGGCAAGAGUGCUCGACGGCUACGACACGACGAUCCGGCCCGUGCACGAUGAGGACGACGCCAUCAACGUCACGAUCGCUCUGAACAGCUUCGCCCUUCUGCUCGUCGAUCCGGCCCAGGAGACAGUCACCUUUUCUGCCGAGUUCACUCUCACCUGGCGGGACGCUUUUCUCCACUGGGACCCUCUUCUCGAGAACAUCUCUUGGAUAAAACUGAAGGAGGACCUGGUUUGGACCCCCGACACAACAGUAUCCACAAGGUGAGACGUUUUUCUUGGUCGAACUUCGAGUCUUUCAGCAUCUCCAUGACGGCCCUCCUCGAGUCUUCCAAACGCUACGUCGACCUGAGAUAUGACGGAACGAUUCGACAAAGCCUUUACGCAGCUUUCGUCAACUUAUGCAACAUGGACGUGUGUUUUUCAACACUAACUGACUUCAUGGUUUUUGAAUAGAAAACUGUUUUUAGCGCAGUGGUUUCACAUGACUUGACGAUCUCCCGCGGAACGAAAUAUGUUGUUCACUAUUUGAAUUAUUUCUCAGUUAUUUUUCAACAUUUUUCGAGAUUUUGACAAUUUCAAAGGCUUUUCAAGACAUCGAAUAUCAAUAAAAAUAAUUGGAUUUCACGAAUGCUCUGCGGUCCCUAUACCAAAUUAGCAAAAAAGUGAAUUUCUAUUAGUUGUCUGAAAGACCUGUGGUUUGAGAUUUUUAACACUCUCCCUUCUUACUGUUAUAACGCAUUGAAUUGAAACCGACGUUCGACGUAAAAAAAAAAUUAAUGAUAACAAUUUUAGAUACAGAAAAAAAGCUGUUUAGUUGUUUCCUGUUGUUCGGAUUUCUUUUUUCUUUCGUUUACGCUGAGUUCAGGUGCAAGAGUUCCCCUACGACCAGCAGGUAUGUGACGUCAUCAUCGGCCCCUGGUCCUACACUGACCGAGAAGUCCACUGUUUGGCCGGGCCGAACGUUUCAGCGAGUCCCCCCACAUUUACAGUAGCUUUGGGGAGACUUUUUCAAACCUUCAUCAUUUAAGGGAAACAGCGAGUGGGCACUUGAGGGAAUUAAUUUGUCCGUGAAGCAGACGGAAGACAUCGACGUCAACUUUACCUACUCUGUCGUCAACUUUAGGGUUAUAACCAAUUCUUCAAAUCUUCAAGUCGAAGUUUUAGAUGAAAAAAAAAAAUUAACAAGGCUUUCUGAAAUUUGCAACCUUUUCUUGAAUAUUUUACUCUGCUUUCUCGAAAAAUACUUUCUUGCGGUUGAACUUCUUUCUAUCGUUUAAUGUGAUUGAUGGUAAAAUAGAACUUAAACCAAAAAAAAUGAAGAAAAAAAAAUUUCAUUUGAAGAAAAAAAUCCUCAAUUUCAAGCUGACGACACAGAGAAAACCCCAGUUUUACGUCUGGGUUCUGUUGAUUCCAACCUACAUCAUCACUAUGGUCUGCAUUUUCGGCCUUUUCAUACCGACUGCAAACCUCGGUUAUCGCGAAGAGCGGGUUCGUUCAUCGACAUGGGAAACCCAGGAAGUUGGAGACGUUUCAGGUGAACCUAGGAGUGACAACUCUUCUCUCUUCUGCCGUGAUUCUGCAGAUAGUGGCCGACGCGAUGCCCAAAACGACGUCCCUUCCAUUACUAGGUACUCAAAAAUGAGCCGAAGUCCACUUUUCUCAGGUAACUUCAUCCUCGCCGAAAUUUUCGUCGUCGCGAUCGGCGUCCUCUGCACGGUCGUCGUUCUGACGCUGCACAACCGAGCUCACACCCGCGGCUGGCGUCCACCCGAGUGCAUUCUUUCUUUUCUGAGAAUGACGGCGAGUUGCUUCGUUGUUGCUGCAUUUGAACUGAAUCUUGACCUCGUCUCAAAAAUCUUUCAGAAUAUUUCGCUCCCUAAAAACGAAGAAAGAUUAACUUUUUGUUUUUCUUAAAGUUGGCACAGAGCUUUGACACAGAAAAACGAUAAUAAUCUGAUGAUGUAGUGAAUCACGACAUAAACGAUGAAUCAGAAGACAAGAGACGAACGAUAUCCGACUGUCCAGUUUAGAAUACCGUAGGUCGAAAUCGUGCAUACACGAUACACCGGACGCGGUCUUUGUGCGAUAUCUUCAUAUCAAAAAGUGUUUUGUCUAUACAAAAAGUAGGCGAAAUUGAUGAAAAACAUGAUUGAAACCGCCAGAAAUGGAAAUUUAAAUUUACAUAUUAUGAUCGUUUUCGCAAACGUCAGCUAGUCCAAAAAAUUGACCAAAUUCGAUAAAUCUAUCUUCACAUCACAGGCGUAUCAGGAGGGCACCGGGGGCAGUAAAAAACGGUGUUUCAGUUCAAAGCAGUACUUUGUAGAGCUUUUCAUUGCGAAUCGAACGAUGAACUUGGAAACGUACAGAAGUUCCUAGUUUUGGAGAAAUAAUAAUUCAAAGUCGGAAGGAGGAAAUUUUGAGUUCCCGCAAAAAGAGCGCUUUGCAGUAAGGUUGCUCUAUGGACAACAGGCUUCGCCAUCUUCCGGAUUUUCGCUUUUUUCUUCGUUUCUUUUAAUUUUCAAUUUUUUCUGUUGUCACCAAAGUUCUUUUCGUCACAAAAGCUUUCUAUUCGUGUAUAAUUUGCAAACUUUGAUCGCAAAAAAGCGUUUUUCGUGAAAAAAUGAUGAUUUUACACAGGUUUCGAUUGGGAUAGCGAUUAUUUGUGUUUUCUUUAUUAUCAAUGUGUGUUUUCUGUUUUCUUAAUCGAUUUUUCAGAGAAGAAACCCUUAAUUUGAAGCAGAAAUCCGGUUAUUUCUCCCAAAAUGCGAGUCUAAUGAGACGUCCGCAACAUCGCGACUACUGUAAACAUUUGUCUGCAUACCGAUCCAAAGCUUUUUUCAAAAUUAAAGGCGGGAAAGUAAAAUUGCGUUUUUCUUCUAAAGUUGUCACAUCUGUAAUUUUUUUGAGUACACCAUUCGAUUCGCAAAGAAAAACUGUAUAAGAUACUGCUUUCACCUGAAUCACCAUUUUUUACUGCCCCUAUGCCUUUAAUGUGUCCAUCGUGAGACCUCCAGAAUACCUUAUAGCUCUAUCUGAGCCAUAUCGGAGGUACUUGAGAGUAUAUCCCAUAUCUAUCUCAUUUUCCUAACACCCCUCCGAGGUAUAUAUACUCGUGGUACCAUCGAUAAACUUCAGAACUUGCGAUAUAUCUCAGAGGCUACCUUUUCUCGAUUUGCCUAAGCAAAAAAUAACUCGUACUUUUUGAGGUUGUUUCCCUACCUGGCUUUUUCAUUUCAUUGAUGGAAAAGUUAUCUAUGAACCCUUUGAAGUGACCGGCGGAGAUGCCUUAAGGAAGCCGGACAGAUCCUCGCAGAUCUGAGGUCGUGUGGAGAAGAAAAGUUCGAAGCGAAAUCUCUCGGUACAAUCGGGUUGAGCACCCAGUUCGUGAAUAUCGCGCUGACGCCCAGAUUCUUUUCAAAAAAAUAAUUUUUUUUCCAAAUUAUUUACCAAAAAUUCUCUUUUUUUUCUAUUAGUUUCGCUUCAGUUAGCUUUCCUGGUUGUCUUAUUCCUAUGAGUUCUGUCAACGAAAUCUUGCCGCCUAGUUUUUUUCUCUUCAAAUAUUUGAAUAAAAAGAAAGAAAAAAACCAAAAAAAGUUUUUUUUAUUUUUUUUAUAGCUGCUUAAUAUAUCAAUAUUCCAAUAAGACGAGUUGAUCGACCUUAGGUUAUACCGAAACUAUAGAUUUUUGUUGAGUUGGAACCCAUUUUUCAUUUCGAAAAAAAAAUGAAUGCUCUAAUUUACAGGGAUCCUCAAAGUUCUUAGAGAAGAACAUAUCGAGGAUCAAGCGGAAACGAACUCAGCCAGGACUCGGAUACGAGUACACUGGAGAGUGGUGAGAACUUUUCUUGUUAAGUCUUGAGAAGGGUUUGAGCGCGAGCCUCGUGCGGGAGCUCGACGUUUCGCUGACGUCGAUGAGGGAGUACUUGGAAGAGGAGGAGCGAGACAAACAGCGGGAGCUUGCCUGGAUGAAAGUCUUCGACCGCGUCGACUUCGUUCUCCUCGUCGUGUUCCAGAUCGGCAACGUCCUCGUUACCUACUUCGUCUGUCGUCAUUGAAAAAGAGGACUUUCCCAUCUUUAAUGUACUAUUUCGGUUUUGUUGAUCGAUGGGCAUCAUUAUUUUUCUGUUGAAAAUAGUUUCUUCUGAGUUGAAGAAUAAAUAUUCUACACUUCACAGUGUGAAGUUCGCACAAAUGACUCCAGGGACAGAUUGGUAGUGUUUUAGUGUUGAAGAUGUAUUUUCAGAAUCUGAAUUUUCUCGUAUUAAAUCAUGCUGCCGUGCGACUGCAGAAAACAGACCUGAAAUCCGAGUACGAAGAAGUUUCUUGGGUUCCACCAAACAUCUUCAUUUCGAAUGAGACUCAGAAGACGGGGUGUCUUCAGUUUCGUCGUUGUCGAAACUGGAGCCGCCUUUCUUCCACCACAUGAGUCCGACUCCCGUGGGAACACCUGGCGCUAUGGUCGUACUUUCUGCCGUUUUUCUGGUCGUCACUUUUGCAGGUAAAUCGGAAAAAAAUUGAGCUGUCGGUAGGAACCUAAACUUCCAAGUUCAAUUCAUGAAAGAGUCGAAAAAUGAAUGGUAGCUGAGAAGUAUUUUGACAUUUGUGAACAAAGAUGAUUUUGCCGAGUUUGCUGAACUUCCUUGAAUGGGGCUUAUCUCUUUCGUCACCUCUUCUUAUGCGCUAUGGCUAGCAGGCUAUGGGUACAGCUUUUUCCUGGUUUUUAAUCAUUUUUCUUGUGAUUGGUCGGUUUUUGGAACAGAAAAAUAGAUUAAAACUGGAUGAUAACUAAACGAAAAGUUGAUAUUGGAAAAGCUGAGUCAAAAACUUUUCUUUUCUAAAUUUGGCUCUACAUAGAAAAUAUAUAGCAAAAAUCUGGUCAAAAACGCUUCUCUACAAACCGAAAAUAUUUCAGUGAUGAAAAGUCUUGUGUCCAAUGGUGGUCUCUGUGAUAAAGAUUUACCUAAUAGUAAUCCAUAACACAAAGAACUAUGAAAAAGCCGGAUACUUCGCAUUUUUCCUAUGGAUUGUUCCCUCUACCGCCUUGCAUUCGAAAACCUCUGCGAUUUGUUGCUGAUACCUUGCCAGAAAAAAAACUUCUUGGAGAGGUGACGCCAAUGUCGCGGCUCGUGAACCAACUGAUGAACAUCCCGUACGACGUGAAUGUGAAGCCGUCGGACGCCGUCGCCACAAUCACCAUCACGCCAAACUUGUUCAUUUUGCUAUCGAUGGCGAGUGCUGCUCUCAUUGUAUGAAUACAAAACUCAUUUAUUUCUAUCGGGUUUUCCGGGAGUAUUAUCAUUCAAACUUUCCAGUAUAUCUAUCAAAAGUGAUUUUUAAACUUAACGGAUGAAAAAUUAACUUGAAAAAGUAUCUCGUUAAGUGUUUGGGUUGAAUAAAUAAGUUUUGAAAAUGAGGACACUUUGGAAGGGUGAUCUAAACUUAUAUCGAUUUUGUGAGAUUUUUUCUUUCGUUUCGCUUCUUUUAAUUUUCCAUUUGUGUAAGCCCAUUAUGCUGCAAAUAUGACAAUUUAUUGAGUUUCGCAAAAUGAAAACUCUUCAAAAUUUGGUGAGCGAAGUAAAAAUAAUUCGAUCUAAUCGGCUAGAUAAUUCAUGAAAAAUUAUUGGUUAUUCGUUCAAAAAAAAAAAAACGGAACAAAAGGAAGAAGCCAAACUACUUAACAUUCUUCUUUUAUUUUUAUUCAGGACCAGCAACAAGAGACCAUCAAAUUUACACAGGAGUUUUUACUGGUGAGCAAUUUUUUUGGAUUUCUUUCUGACCAUAUCCAUGGUGAGAUAUCCAUUCACAUUGGAAGAAGUUGAACAAAAGUUAACGAAUACAUCUGGUGACUUGCUUUUUCGAAAAAAUGACAAAGCCACAUACAUCAGCAGAAAAAAAUAUCUAUUAAAUGUGUGACAUAACUGCGUUGCCAAUCCUUGCACACUCGGAACGGAGCCGAUUUCAGUCGUGGAAAGAUCCGUUGCUGGGAUGGAAUCGCUCGUCGGUCGAGUACCAAGGCACCUGGGUGAAGAUCCAGGCGUCCAAGCUCUGGGUGCCUGACAUCAUCUUCACGACGGCGUUCUCAGAGCGAGUGCGACCUUCCUCACUGAAGGCUUCUUGCAGAAUCGACACCACGGAUCUGCUGGAUUCUAGCCAGCAGAUGGUCGACUUGCGGUAUGAUGGCCUCGUGAGAACUUCACUUCCCGCUGUGGUUUCCAAUUCCCUCUUUUUCUUUAUAUGGGCAUUUCAGGUCAACUCUCCAUGCCCACUUCGAAUAGAGGACUUUCCCUACGAUGUCCAGGACUGCAACGUCACUCUAGGCAUCUUAAGAAGUGAAUCAUGCGGGGAGUUUUUCAGGAUCCUGGAACUUUGACAUCUCUCAGCUGGAAGUGCGAGCGUCCUUUCCCUCUGUAGGACCGAUAGCUGGCAAAUACGAAGUGAGCAUUAUUUUCAAACUUUUUUUUCGAAACAAUACUAUCUCCUGAAAAACCAUUCAGGGUAACAGCGAAUGGGAGCUGAUCACUAUCUCGAGUUUGCAAUCAGACAACCUCGAUCUCAGUUCAGUGAGUUUCGUGGACAAUCAAGGAAAAGAGAAAAGCUCCUUUCGGAUAUUUCGAUCGUGACCCAAAAUGACUAUCAAUAUUGUAACAAAAUUAUCAAUAAUUGUACUGCUAAAACGUUAGGUUGGCCGGCUAGAAAUAAGCGUCGUUGUUGGUAGUUUAGUACACUAUAAAUAGGGACCGCAAACUUUUUCAAAAAUCAAAAUUACUCAAAAAAUGUUUUUUUAUACUAUUCGAUAGAGGAGACUGUCAAUUUUCAUGAUCCGUUUAGUUUUUGAAAAAAGGUCCACUAAGAUAAAAGUUAUGGCCGAAAAACGAGCGCGCGCGGCUUUCAACUGGACGCUCAAUCUAACGGUAUACCCGCUUUCUGAACCAAAUCGGUUUUCUGGUUUCAGAAGUCGUCCAAACUGAGCUUAAUCUUUUGACAUGAAUUUUUUAUGCAAUUGUCAUAAGAAUUUUUGAUAAAAAAAGUAAAGAAAAAACUAUUCAGAAAAAAAGGUUCGGAAAAAUUUUUUUUCUAAUUUGUCUCUUUUCUGAUCGAAAAAAAUUAUAAUUUCACUUUAAGGAAAGAAAAAGAUGGAAAAAUGCUCUAAAUUUGAAAUGAAACAGUAAUAAGUGAAAUUUAAUAACGAAAAAAACGGCUCCUGCAACAUUUAAAUGCCGGCGCUAGCGUGUUCGAUGCAUACACCGACGCACACUCGCACGAUUUCUUUAAAAAAAGUUUCGCUUUUUUUGCUAAGUUUUUUUCAAGCCAUUUCUUUUUUUAUGGACCGUUCUAAUUUUUCAAUAUUCAAUAGUUUUCUGAACGCUUGAAAAACAUAUCAAAAAAAUUUAAGAUUGCCCUACAUGUAUCGUGGUUCUACGAAUGAAGUGAAAAAAAUGACGGUUUUCGUAAUUUUUUUAAAUUAUAAUUUUGGAAAUUCAUUUUUUUCUUUUUUUAAAAAAACGGAAGUGCCGCGCAUGUACUUUUUCUGAAACGCGAUAAUAUUGCAAAUGUAGUCUAAAAAUUUCUCGAUCGCUUCGAUUUUUUUAAUUGAAUUUAUGAGAAAAAAACUAAAAAUUAUAAGUUGUUCAGUUUUGUAGAGCGACGUCGAUUUCUUAGGUUUAGGGUGAUAAUUAUUUUCCUAGUUCUGGUUUGAGCUAGUAAAAACGUCUCAAAACCGAUUUGGUGGUAUGAAGAGGCGGGGCCUUGCGCUCCCUACCUAUAAAAUAUUAUAAAAGUAGAUAAAUCAACCGAAAAAAAUUUUUUUUUGCAUUUAUAACGUGCCAAUCAUUUACGGAAAAUGAAGAUAAUCAGUCAAUUUUAAAAAAAGAGUCGUGGGUUCGCGCUUCCUAGGACCUUUCUCACCUCAAAAAUAAUAUCAAAAACUACUCUAUUUACGCAUUUUUAAGAACGUUCAAUACUCGGAAGUGACUUAUCGUAUAAAAUUGAAAAGGAAACCCGUCUACUACGUUCUGGUAAUUCAGGUUUGAAGACUUUUAUUUUUUUGAAGUUUCAACUUUGAGAAAAAUCUCUGAAAUAAUUAUAUAUAUAUUUUUUUAAAUUUCUUAACCCUUAAAUAUCUCAGAAGGAAUUAUAAGUACAGUUGCGCUAUAAAGUCAAUGUUUCCCGACUUGAAAGGCGAGGGGAGCGGGGCAGGGGGCGUAGCGUGUGCGUACGCGGUUCUUGGCACGAGUUCAAUUCCACCGCCAUCGACUAUUCAAAAAUCUUGGUCGCCGCUCUUUUUCCAUAUGUUUUACUAUUUUUUGAUGCAAACAUGAAGAAAAAAUCAAUAAACAAUUAAAAAUUAAUGAAAAGAGCGAUAAACGAGCGCUCCAAAUAGUCGCUGGCGGUUGAAUUAAACUCGUGCCGAGAACCGCGUACGCGCACGCAACGCGUCCCGCCCCCUGCCACGCCUCCCUCACCUUUCAAGUCGGGAAAAAUUGAAUAGACUUUAACAGUGAGAAAAAAAAAGUCCCUGAACUUAUAAUAUGUUGUUCCCGUGGGCAAGAGAUUUGAGCAGCUAUGAGGCUCGAAAUGAACUGAUCAAAUGACGGAUCUGUAAAACUAGCAAACAUAGUCUACAUUCAAAUCCAAUGCUGAAGUUCAAUCAAAAAUGGCAUACAAGUUAUGCCCUUUCUGGUAUCUAAAUACUAUUUUCGUGCAUUCGGUAACUAUCCCAACUUUCCUUUGCGAGGACUGGGGGAUUUUUAUAAUUCUUCUCCCGAAUAACAUAAAGAUAGCUAUCCCACCGUCAUAUAUUCAUUGAUUGAAAUUUCCGAUUAGAAUAAUCCACAAGCUCAAUCAUUGAACCCUUGUUAUAAGAUUAAUAGUUUGCAAGCAAGUUGCAUCGUUUCAAAGCGAGCAUCACAGACAUCUUUUGACGAUUAUUUAUCUGUCCACGGGAGAAAAAAAUUGAGAAAAAAGUCGAUGAAUUCGUUUCUUUUGAAAACCGUUCUGUAUAAAUUUAAAAAAAAAUACAAUCAAAAAAUAAGGAUCUUAAAAAAUAUGCGCAAAAAUUUUCUAACGUAAGUAAUCACAAAAAACGUCACUUGCGAGCGGAAGAAAACUUUUUUCAAUUUUCCUUCUGUGUGGCCGAAAAUUUUCUUUCUGUCUGGCCGCUGCUUACAGUAAAUUUUCAUGCUGCCUGAAUAUUACAACUACUGAAAGAUAACUGUCCAGUCAAUCACAGGCACCAACGUUUAUCAUCUGCACGCUCAGCAUAUUCGGAGUCUUCACUCCGAACCAUAAUGAAAACGAGAGACGAGAAAAGGCGAGGCUUUAUUAUUCAGAGGAGAUUAGAUCAUUCGAUUAUUUACAAGCAAAACCUUAACUUUGCAGGUGACCCUCGGUGUGAACAUGUUCUGUGCCAUCUCGAUGAUGCUUAAUCUUGUCUCAGAUAUGAUGCCUAAAGCGUCUCGGCUUCCGCUUUUGGGUCUAUUAACUUAAUAAUCACACAAUCAUAAAAGAAGAAUCCCGUCUAGAAAAAGUGGAUAAAUCUAGGUUUUAGGUAACUACAUCCUAGCGGAAAUUUUCGUGAUGGCAGCGGCAGUAAUGGUUUCGUUGGUUACUCAUACUGUCCACCAGAAGACCCACACCUCGCCGACACCUCCUCCACAGUGGCUGGUUCAAAUCAUCCUUUUCGACUGUUUCAGCUGCUUGAGACGCAAGAGGAAGUCGGUGACGCCAGCAACCCAAGAAAACAGGAAAAUCAAGGCGCCGGUAGUGGACCUUUUGCCGUUCAAAGACCUACAGAAUUCCUUAAUCGAAGUACGGAUCUCACUCCAAUGAAGGGAAAAGACAGUUUAGACGACGAGAACAGUGCAUGAAGCUUUGAAGAGGACGCAAGCCGAAGAAGAUGCGCGAAACACUUGGGUUUGCAUUCUCGACCGCGUAGAUAUUGCUUGUCUGCUGAUUUUUCAAGCACUUAACAUUAUCGUGUCAGCACUUUACAUGCGCUAG